AUGGCUCGCAAGAAGAUCAGAGAGUAUGAUUCCAAGAGAUUGUUGAAGGAGCACUUUAAGAGACUAUCUGGCAAAGACUUACCUAUCAAGUCUGCACAAGUUACGGAGUCCACUGAUUUCACUCAGCUGCAAGACAAGGAACCUUGGCUUUCUUCUUCCAAAUUGGUCGUGAAGCCGGAUAUGUUAUUUGGGAAGCGUGGUAAAAGUGGUUUGGUUGCGUUGAAUUUGGACUUGGCACAAGUUGCUUCAUUUGUGAAAGAGCGUCUUGGUAAAGAGGUUGAAAUGGGUGGAUGCAAGGGACCGAUAACAACUUUCAUUGUUGAACCUUUCAUCCCGCAUAAUGAAGAGUUUUACCUUAACAUUGUCUCUGACAGACUUGGGAACAGCAUAAGCUUUUCAGAAUGCGGAGGAAUCGAUAUUGAAGAGAAUUGGGAUAAGGUUAAGACAGUUUUUGUUCCAACGGGAGUGUCUCUUACAUCAAAAGUUGUUGCUCCACUUGUUGCAACCCUUCCCUUGGAGAUCAAAGGGGAAAUCGAGGAAUUUCUCAAAGUGGUUUUCAGUUUGUUUCAAGACUUGGAUUUCACUUUCUUAGAGAUGAAUCCUUUCACAUUGGUUGAUGGAAAGCCUUAUCCUUUGGAUAUGAGAGGCGAGCUUGAUGAUACUGCCGCUUUCAAGAACUUCAAGAAACGUUGUCGUAAUGGUUGUAGGUGGGGUAACAUUGAAUUUCCACUUCCAUUCGGAAGGGUUAUGAGUGCCACCGAGUCUUUCAUUCAUGGAUUAGAUGAAAAGACCAGCGCAUCUCUAAAAUUCACAGUGUUGAACCCAAAAGGCCGAAUUUGGACAAUGGUUGCUGGUGGAGGUGCUAGUGUCAUCUACGCUGACACAGUAGGAGAUCUCGGCUUUGCAUCCGAGCUUGGAAACUAUGCCGAAUACAGCGGUGCACCCAAUGAAGAGGAGGUUUUGCAAUACGCCCGAGUUGUGAUUGAUUGUGCAACUGCAGAUCCCGAUGGCCGAAAAAGGGCUCUCGUUAUAGGGGGAGGCAUAGCUAACUUCACCGACGUUGCUGCUACUUUUAGUGGCAUCAUUCGGGCACUAAGGGAGAAGGAAUCAAAGUUAAAGGCAGCAAGAAUGCACAUUUACGUGAGGAGAGGAGGUCCAAACUACCAAAAGGGUCUAGCAAAAAUGCGAGAACUCGGAGAGGAAAUUGGAAUCCCUCUCGAGGUGUAUGGACCGGAAGCAACGAUGACCGGUAUAUGCAAAGAGGCGAUACAAUGCAUCACUGCUUCCGCUUAA